AUGUUCGGCCGGAAAAGCAGAACUUCAGCAGCUGUCCCACCUGACUCUCAGAGGAGCUUCAGUCGUUUCCGCACGGACCCCUAUUAUUCCCGGACAUGGAGACCUGCCGGCGCAGCGCGUGGAGAGUGUUGUGGGGAUGUCAGAGGCAGCUCGGAGCCAGAGGCCCGCCCCACAGGUGUGUUACCUGUCAGGACCUUUGCCUCUGCAUGGGCUCAGAGGAAGGAGAAGAAGGAGAAAAAGGAGGAGUCGGAGAAGGAGGUGAAAAAGGAGAAGAAGGUGAUGGAUGAUAAAGACAGACACAAACCGUUCGGUAAAACAGCGUGGGCGCUCGAUGACGUCUACGUGAUGGUUUUACCCAGGACCAUCCAUGAGGCUGCGGACGCCAUCGACCUGCUGAAGAACUUCCGUUUAGACUUCACGCCCACAGAUCAGCCGGUCUACGUGGACCUGACUGACAUGAAGCUGGAGAAGAAGAGACGAGUGGACCCGUUCGUCAGCACGGUUCAUCUUCCUCAUCCCUUCAGGACGAAGAUGAACUCAGUUUUAGUUUUCACAGAGGACCCUGAUCAGGUGAGAGUGUCUCAGGAACACGGAGCGAUGCUAGCUGGAGGGGCGGAGCUUAUUCAGCCGAUUUUGGAUGAUGAGGUUUCUGGAUUUUAUGUGGCUGUUCCAGAGAUUUUGCAGAAACUGGUUCCUCUGAAAAACAAACUGAGAAGAAGUUCCCAAAAAGAAAAGAGAGGUUCGGUCGGCGUUAACAUCCCUAAAAUGUUAGAUUAUUUAAAGGGUCACGAGUACAUGGUGGAGAACGAGUGUUACGUCAGGACCGGAUCGCCACGGUACAAAAAUAUCAUCAUUAUUAUUAUUAUUAUUAUUCUCGACAUGAACCAACAUCAAAUUUAUGAAAACCUUCAAACGAUCCUCAAAGGUUGUUCACACCGACCGGCCGACAAGGGACCCUUCAUUGAGCGAGCGAUCGUAGCGAGUCAGAUGAGCGAGGCUCUGUGGUUUCGGAGUGAAGAUUCUCAUCGCAGCCAGUGAAGGAGGAGAAGAAGGAGUGACCGGGCGUGAUGAAGUUAUUGAUUUAUAGAUCGUGAUAUUAAUAAAAACUUUAUUCUCUGUGUCGUCAGAUUUCAUUUAUUUUAUUAAAGAUGUAGAAAUGAA